GGUCAGUGGGAGGUGAACAAUAACAAUAUAAACAUUUGGAUAUAAACCCCUGCAGUGCUGCUGGUCAGUGGGAGGUGAACAAUAACAAUACAAACAUUUGGAUAUAAACCCCUGCAGUGCUGCUGGUCAGUGGGAGGUGAACAAUAACAAUACAAACAUUUGGAUAUAAACCCCUGUAGUGCUGCUGGUCAGUGGGAGGUGAACAAUAACAAUAUAAACAUUUGGAUAUAAACCUCGGUAGUGCUGCUGGUCAGUGGGAGGUGAACAAUAACAAUAAAACAAAUGGGAAAGAUCGUAUUCUUUGAGGAUAAGAAUUUCCAAGGUCAUAGUUAUGAGUGCAACAGCGACUGCCCAGACCUGCACUCCUACUUCAGCCGCUGUAACUCCAUCAGGGUGGAGAGCGGCUGCUGGGUGCUGUACGAGCGCCCCAACUACGGAGGCUACCAGUACAUGCUGACCCCUGGAGAGUAUGCUGACCACCAGCAGUGGAUGGGCUUCAAUGACAACAUCAGAUCCUGUCGCUCUAUUAAAAAUGUCUAUGGAAAUUCCUGCAAGAUCAGGUUCUAUGACAGGCCAGAUUUAGCUGGCCAGAUGGAAGAGUGGAGCGAAGACUGCCCAUCGGUCCACAAAGCCUUCAAGUUCUGUGAAUUCCACUCUGCUGUAGUGAUGGAUGGUGCCUGGGUCUUCUAUGAGCUGCCCAACUACAGGGGUCAGCAGUAACUUCCUGGAGAACGGAGAGUACCGUAACUUCAGACUGGGGCGCCACCUCUCCUGUCGUGGGCUCCCUCCGCAGGAUCACAGAGUUCUGGAACCUUAAGACCCCUAGUGUUUUAGUUCUAGAGCCCUACGACAACAUCCUUUCCCAUGAACCUCUCUGCCUUUUUUAUGACACCCAACUCUGUGUAAAAGUGUUGCAGUCCAACAAAUAAAACCCUGUCUA